CUCAACUAUUCAACUAUUUAAAAAAGGUUAGACAUAUAAAAAUUUCAAAAUUUACUCACUUUUGAUCACCAUUCACAACUUUGAAAACACAACAAAAAUUAUACUUUUAUACAAUUAUUUGUAUUAUAUCCCAUGUUUACAAAAACUGUUAUGGACAUCAAGAAUGAUACCAAACAAAAAGGGUUGGGUAAAGGGUUUGUACUAGAGAGAAAACAACGCAUUUCUAUUGAGGGUCGCGGCGAUAUGUACAUUAAGAACACGCAAACCCAGGUUCGCGAACUCUUCGGACGCGAGCAUGCAGAGAAAUCUCGACGGACCUCCUCUUCCAGCAAGGAUAACAAGAUAAUAUCAACUAGUGUACAGGUUGAUGCAUUGCACAAAAAGAUUGAAAGUGAAAUAGGAAAAUUAAAGAAUUUCCGUAAGUCGUUUUUAAAGGACACUAAGGGAAAGCCUGAAAAAACUGCUCACAUAUUAACUGGAAAGUACGAGGGGCUCAAUUUUCCCGACAGUUCUAUAGCAGCCAAAUGGCAGGAAGUGGUCAACUUGGAAAUCGGAUCCCCAGAGAUUCGAAAUAAAACCCCGUGCCUCCGCACCACGCACAUGGUGUCCUCGCCACAGUCGAGCAGCAGCGCCGAGCCCCACUCCAAGCCAGAGCCAGGCACUGAUAGUCCACUAGUUGAAUCACCCGAUGAGACAAUUGCACGCAUGUGCGGUGGCUGCAACAACGGGUGCUGCGAUACACGACCGGGAGCAUAUUCAAUCUACCAGAGGGACUACUGUCACCUGGGAGCUACAUGUCCCAUACGCAUGUCAGAGUGCCGACAAUGCUAUCCUAGCAAUGCUAGCUGUAUAACUUGUAUGUCGAGAGCUAUAGCUGUGCCCAUGCCGUAUUCAUCCAAUCCGUGCUAUCAAUAUCCAAUCGGGACGCUUUACCAAAAGCUAGACAUGCUAGUGCCACAAAGGAAUGGGUGCGAAAUCUUCACGUGCAACUGUCCAAGAAAUACCUUUUGUAAGCGUACAACGGAUUUGAAUACGUCGGACUUUUGUAGCAACUGGUAUCCAGAUCCGGUAGCCACUGUAAAUCGUGCUGUAAAUACUAACGAGAUUCCGCUAUCUAAAUUCCAAUUCACGCCAAAACAGCCAAUACAGGCAGGUGGGAAAGAAAAGGGGAGAAGCGAAAGCCCCCCUAAGAACGCAGAAAAAAUAAUGAAAAUAUCUUAUAGGCAGCAGAGACCUGAGUUGAAUCAAAGUGGAAUAGCCAAAGACAAAAUGAGCGUCAAAAAUUACGGGACAGUGAAAAAGAAACCUGCAGAUGACCCCGAUAUCAAUGCUGAGAAGUUGCGCAUGCACCGCGAAUAUAUGGAGAUGUAUAAGACGGAACAUAAGAAAACUGCCAACAAGGAUUCAAGCCAAAACAAUUCGGAGCUUGAUACUUGCCCCACCUAUACAAGGUUGCCAGUAGAGAAUGAAAAUGAUGCUAGAUUGUCUGCAUCAUAUAUUAAAGAGAUUGAACCUUCUACGAAUCCGAAUCUGAAUACAGUUACUAAUCUAAGCCCGCCGGCGAGAGCUGAGGACGGUGCUAAUCAAACACCAGUAGUAAACCAAAUAAAUGCAAUUGGAAACGUACAACAAAUUGCUCAAAGCAAUAAUGACCACACUAAGAGUCAUAAGCUUAAGAAUCUGUCCGUUAAACGUGAUAAUGCUCCGAAGAAACUAUCACCAAUAAUACAUGAAUUUUCUACACCUGGAUUACCCGAUUCGAAUGACAAGAACGUUCGUUUGAUCUGGCCACCUGCCAAACUGGUCAUGAGCGACAGAUCUGCGCAAUCUCCUAUGGAAGAAACUCAAACGGAUAACCAAUUGAAUCCACCAUCCGCAUCCACAUCACAGCAUCACAUCACUAGCCAAUCUUGCCAAACAUCCCCUAAAAAUCAAUUACCAACUGAUCGCGCAGUCUUGAGCGAUAAAUCUCUGCUUACCCAGACCGAAGAAACCCAGGCGAAUAUUCCAUUGAAUCAUCCACAGCUAUUAACAACCUUAAUAAGCAACCAAUCUAGCCAAACGUCCCCCAGAAACCCAGCGCCAUCUUCUCUGCAGGUUUGGACCAAUGGAAUACAAUCCCAAGUACAAGAAACCCAAACCGAUAUUCGAGACGGUGCGGAGUGUGAACAGAUAAAUGCGGACCAAGCGAAAAAAGCGUCAACUUUUCGAGAAGAGACAACUUUCAGUAAAUUUGAUGCGAAACAGAAAGCUCAUGGAAAUAAGGGUCGUACCACUUGCUCAGCAAGACAUGCAUCGAAGAUUGACAAGUUGCAGAUAUUCACAUCCGCAAGCUCAGCUAGAAAUUUUAUUCCUUGGCACACAUUAAGAAGGAAGGAGGGAAACCGAAGAAUGAUCGAGAAUUACAAAGCAAUGAUCCAGCACAAACGUGUCGACACUCACACUCCUGAAUCGGAAAGUAACCCAUCUACUACAGAUACAGCCUUGCCCGUAACCCCAAAUCAUUGUGAUGGUAACUACAUAGACCUAGAACCAGGCCAGAGCAACUUGCCGGCUGUCUCAAUUCGUUCCGAUUAUCAGAGUUCCUCGCAAUAUCCGGAACCAAGUAACCAAGCCGCACAGGAUGACAAUACUUUUGAAGUUCAGACAGAGCAACGUCCUCAACCCUUCGACCUCUGCGACGUGCCAUGCGGACCUUCGAUUAGUCAACAGCAACCCUUAAGAGAUUUCGUUUGCACAGACCAAUGUAUUCGGGAAAAGCGAAGGCGUUCAGUGACGUUUCGAGAUGAAAGCGGACUUGGCAACCGCAGCGCCGUCGACUGGGAGCGAUUGCCCAAGCUAUCCAUGGAACGUGACACAGCGGGUGCUCAACAGCCGGAUGAUGAUAACGAUUAUACAGAUGAUGAUCUAUUAGAUUCCCACAGAUCAACAAACACAGAAUUUACGUGCAACGAAUCCAACUAUGAGGACGAGUGCUCAACCUUCAAUGACAGCAAUCGCGAUUACAUACCGCCCUUUACUGGAUGUCCCUGUAUGUACAAUGAGUACGUCAAGCUGGUUGCCAAGUGUAGGCGACCAAAUAUCUGAUUUAAGUGAGAUGAGGACGUUUGGCUUUCCACAUUCAUUUUCUGAAAUCAUGAAAGUUAAAUGUGAAUUUUUUAUUUAUUUUCAAUUUUACAAAUGCACAUUAUUUAGUCUAAUCUGAUAAUAAUAACUAUAUUUUUGUAUUUUCUAA